GUUGUGACAGCAAAUUCAGAUGAGUGCAGAGCCAUUCUGUUUAACCCAGUCACCAAAGACAAGUAUUUACUUAAUCACAUAAUUAAAUCUCUGCCAGUUGAAAGUGAAGUAGGCUGUGAACUCAUCUGUUAUGGGGAUCCCGACUGUGUGUCUUACAACUACGGGCCACUACUAGGCGAUAUUCCGUCAUGCGACCUGAAUAACAGCACUCAUUUACAAGUCACCAGCGUGAAUUUCAUUACCAGAAAUGGCUACAGCUACCGAGGAAUUGAGGUAAGCCUUACAACCUAAACACAACAAUUUUUUUUUUUUUUUGUUGAAACUUCACUUGACACGACUGACUGGUUGACUACAGAAAUGUAAACAGGAAGAAAAGGUAGCUAUGUUCUGGAAUGAUUACCUGAACUCUUUAAUUCGGUAAUUUUAAUCAGUGGGACGCAGUGAGGUAUACAACAGACCUCGUCCAUGGCGAAAUUAAUUUCCCAAAUGUUGGAGACCAGGUGAAAUCUUCUUGAGGUUUAAUGCUUUUUCGAAAGAAUGACUCCGAUGAUCUCUUUUCAAAAUUACAACGAUGAUAAUAAUAAUAAUGGUGAUAGUAAUCUCUCAAGAAGCACACGUGCUCUUAGCAUACAAAAAAAGGAAAGGCACUGUUUCCUUUUUUUUUAUCACAGAAUCCAUGCGGAAGCAGCCCAUGUAAGAAAAAUUCUACUUGUCAAGCUGGGUUUACUUCAAAAGGAUACCGUUGUGUCUGUCAACAAGGACUCGGGGGAGAGAAUUGUGACCAAGGUAUUUUGUAGCUUAUUCAUCAAGUAAUGCAAAUAUUCCCGCCUUUUUAUACUUCUUGGUUUUCUUGUUUUUUUUUGCUUCAGAAAAUUUUCGAAGUUCUCUAAAGUCAUUGACCUCAUGUUUAAAUAUGUUAGUUGUGUAUAACGAAAAACCUCCUUCUCACUUCUUAGCAAGUAUUUGUUUACAUCAUAAUUAUCUUAGGUUUUCUAUGGCCAGUCCGUCUUGCGGCUUGAGGAAUCAUUAACAUCUAACACAAUUUAGCAUGUUUAUGUUUUUUUCAAAAUCGUCUCAUUGUUAUUUAGAGAACAAGAGUUACUAUGUUACGACUUGUAGUGAGGGAGUCAUUCGUACCAACCUAUUGAAAUCAUAUUUGAUAGCUUUAUAAAAAAAGUAUUCGGAUUUGAUGAAAACAGAUUUUCAUCUUUUCAGUCAUUCUGCCUCAGAACUGUUCCCAAGCCCCGAGGGAAACAGGAGUCUACGAAAUUUCCAAUCAUGUAUCAGACUCAUUCCCAGUGUACUGCGACCAGACAAGUGAUGGAGGUGGUACGUCAAACUAAAUAGGAGGAUCUCGAUAGGAGAUGAACUUUGUUCGUUUGUCUCACGAUAGAGUCACUUUUGAUGUAGAUCGCGGCGUUUCGACUGCUAUACGGUUCGUAUAUAUGCCUUGUUGUUGUAGGCAGCGGCGAAGAACUACUGAUACACCCUUUAUGUAAGCGAGAAUGUCAAUAGAUUUAAAUUCCUGAGCGGCCUUUGUUGGCUGUUACCCUUGUUGUCUUUGCGAGUCUUCAUAAAAAAUGAAGAAAGAUAACCAUUAGAAACAAGUACUGAUGACAAGGGUUUUUUUUGCUCAGAGAUAACCGACGGUGUCAUUGUGAGGUGUUUAGCUGGGUCUUAUAGACACUUAACAAAACCACGCUUUACUGACUGAGGGUGGUGUGAAUCAUAGGUUAGGUACUGGACAGUGUGGGUGGGCUUUCUGUAAACAGUAGUAGUGAGAAGACCGUCUGUUUCCCUUGUAACUGUUGUGUCGAGAAAAGGACUGGUGUUAUCUUUCUCGAUUUCCAUGGUAAAACGAAUAGUAGGCUGUUGACUGUUUAGAUGUUGUAAAAAAGCCAUCGACAUUGUCGCGGUCUAAGACUGUGAAAGUGUCAUCUACAUAUCGUUUCCAGAUCUUAGUUUUCAAGUCGCAUUUGUUAUUGCCUGUUCCUCAAGUUCUUCCACGUAAACACGUAAACAAUCGACCUCGUUGCCUGAUGAAGACUAGCAGUAUUGCAGUCGAAACGUCGCGAUCUACAUCAAAAGUGACUAUGUCGUGAGACAAACGAACAAAGUUCAUCUCCUCUCUUACAAUAUGAUAAACAAUAAACACAUAUUUUAUUACAAGAAUCUCAAUGGGGUUAACCGGAUCAGUAUCUCUCUGACGAAAGGCUAACGCUCGAAACGUCAUCCUUUAAACUCUUUACGGUGGCCAAUUUACGUUUUCAAACCAGUUGAUAACACUAAAUUACCCUGUUAUACUCUCCAACCGACGCAGCACAACAGUUUCUUUAGAAACUUACCCUCUUUUUCCAAUUGAUUUAGAGGUGGCUAACUCACUUGGCUAGGAAGGUCCCAGGACUUACGUCCAUAACCAUUCAGUCAAUUCGAAAAAACAAUUUCUAGAGUUUCCAAAGGAACAAGAAAUUUCCACGAACCUAGAUUAUUUCUGACUUUUUUUUUUAUUUUAAGGUUGGACGAUGAUAUUCAAAUACAUUGGAGGAGAUUCUUCCUCUCCGACUGCUGACGCGUUAUGGAAUUCAUCCGACACAUUAUCACAAAAUAUUAUCGCUGCCUUAGAUACCACUUCAAUCUACCAGGGAAACUACAAAAACCGUAUCGUUCAAAGUUGGCAAACUUUUAACCCUCAAGAGGUAAGUCCGGAAAAUAUCUACAUCACAGAGGGUUAGGCUAAGUGCACCUUGUUUUACAAAUUUCUUAUGUAGUGUUAAUGUAUUUCCAUAUUUCCUGAUCGAGCUUUCCACCUCAUGGAAACUUGUUUUCAAAUUGUCUGUCACGAACGCUUUUCCAAAUGAUAUUCAUCAUGUUCCUAAAGGCAAACCAAGCAGGCACUUUUCUGAACUGCUCUUUCCUCUUUUGAGAAUAAUUUAGUAAUAAAAAAGAAUAGAAUAUAAAGAAUAUAAAAGAAUAUAAACCAAAACAAUUUGUUUCAAUUUGUUUUUUAUUUGAGUGAUAUCACUGGCCAUGCAAUGAGAUCUUUAUUUGUUGCGUUCUUUUGUUUACCUUACUUCCCAAACCUUAAGAGUGUAUCGUCCUGGGAAUAGGUAUAAGGAAAGUGCUCAUGUUUUAUCCUUGUAGGAGAAUAGUUCUCAGAAAAGGAGUUAUGUUUUAAAAUUGUGAAAUUCUCGCACUCCAUGUCUUUGAUUCUCAAGAGAAACAACGACCGGUCGCAAGGUCAAAUCACAACAAAACAUGCAAACCACAAUGAUACGAAAUAUCCAAAGAAAUUCUGAGCAGAAACAAAAGUGCCUAGUCAAAAAUUACGUUAAAAAAUUACUCAGGGUGUUACGGAGCUUUUAGUGCUUCGAGGACGAUUGAAAAACAAGGGUUGCCGUGCCAAAGACAGAGUGAUACUAGAACCAAGCCGAUAGAACAACUUCUUGCUCAAAACUUUGCCUUCUCGAGUUUACAUAUAGUCAUGUUAUGUAGUAUUGAUUGAUUAAUUGAUAUUGAUUGAUAAACGUUUGUAAAAAGACAAUAAAAAAUUGACUAACAAUUCUUUAAAUCCCCUGAUUUAACGAUUCUCAUCUUACCCCAUACUGAUGUAUUUGACAUGUAGACAACAGAUCAUUUUCUUGUAUGACUUUAGGUACGUGUAGUGCUUUACAGGAAUGGAGCAGAAGUUAUGUCUAUGAAGUUCAAUGCCAGAGGAACAACUAACGUGGACUGGUUUACACAAAAUAAUCUACUUCAAUCACAAUGGACAGAUCUUAAGAAUGCGACAACUUUAAAACCCUUUCGCAUCAAUGGCCAUUACGGUGCACGAAACUUUGAAAUCUCAGCUAAGUACGCAGGAUGCCCUAAUGAUGCCGGGUGGUUUAUGAUCGGGGGACCUUACUGUGACUGGGAGAAAUUUCACCCUGUGCCGGCAAUUCUAUACAGCAAGAAAACUCACAACAUCACAUGGAAUAACUCCCAAGGUAGAAUUGAUUUAAGAAAUUUUGGAAUACCUCUGUUACUGAUUGUGUUUGUUUGUUUUUUAAAUCAGGGAAAUAACAAGGUAUUUCCUAAACCGCAGACCUCAUGGAAUGGUUUCGUUGCCAUUCAUUCAUUCUUUUUUUAUUAAAGCAGAUAUAGCGGUAUGUCAUAACCAUUCUGUUUUUGUUUUGCUGAGAUAAGCGUUGAACUGAUCUAGUCGACUCCUUCUUGGAUAACUCAGCAAUUUCCUUUUCUUCUUCAGGGGCGUGACCUGGAUUUUUUUGGGAGGGAGAAGGGGGGGGGGGAAGUCACACUCUGUCAAAGAGAGAGUACUCGCCCAAUUGCCAUGUCGAACUCCUUUCAUAAUUAUGGUGUAAUAGUGACAUUUUGAGAUACCACGCCCCCCUCCCCCCUCACUUCAUUUCAUUUGGGUGUCAGAAUUUAAUUGCAAUUGCAAACUGGGGCAAAAUCUCGAAUGGAAAUUAGGAGGAAAAAAAUUUAAGAGCUAAUGUCAACAUGCAUCAAACAAACGGCGGCAAGUCACCCAAAAUUUGCUUUCACUCCUACUUUUAUAUUUUGUAUCCCAAUAUGUUCUAAUCAUUGAUGGAUCUGGACAUUUUAGUUUUCUGAAUGCAGUUAUUCCUGAAAGGUUUUUCUAGAUGUCAUGCAAAGAGGAAAAAAAACCAUCUCUUGGUAUUUCGGAGGUUGACUCGUCUUUGAAUUUCUGUGUCACGCUUGUCAUGCAACUGAUAUAAUAAGAGAGAGAAGAUAUAUAGACUGGAACUCAUGUUAGGCUAGAAUGUGGUAGAGCAUAAUUAAGGUGAUCAUCGAAACAGCUAAUAAAAUCAUAAAUAAACAAGGUAAGAGUGUUAUGUUAGAUUUUUUUAAGCGCUUUGGUCAAUUAGUGGAGUUAGCGCCAUAUCAAUUAUGUUAAAUUAAAUUUAUUUAAUUAAAUUUUUCGCAAAUUGUAGCGAUUUAUGCCAGUUAACGAUGGCGACAAGUAGGCGCACCAUGUAUAUUUCAUAGUGGCUAUCAAGUAAAUUUUGCCGGACUUUGAGUUCGUCUCAAGAUAGAACAACACAAAUACACAAGCAAAUUUUUACAGUAACUUCAUAACCAUCCUUUUGUCUUUUAAAAGCUUGAAGCUCAGUAGAUUCUGCCAAAUCGGUCAUUGUUAAAACUGUCUUUGUUUUGAUGCUACUUUUCGACAUAGGAAAAGUAUGUCGGACAAAAAUAGUCACCAAAAAAUAAAUAUUUCUUUGCCAGCUUCAAUAAUGACAGGGGAUUAAGUUUAGAUGAUAAAACAAAGUAUUAUGUUGACAGAAAUGCCGGAGGUCAAGGGGAAUCGUUAUAUGAGGUCACACAACUCGGGUAAUAUUUACGGUGAAAAUUUGCAUUUUUGAGCGAUCGAACGAAAAAAGUCAUUUCUCGAAAACUAAAAUAUAUUUUCACAAAAAAACUACAAUUAUUAGAACAUACUGGACUACAAAAUAUAAAAGUAGGAGUGAAAACGAACUAAGGGCGACUUGCCACAAUAUUUCAAAUUUGUUCGAUGGAUGCUGACAUCCUCUCUUAAUAACUGCACGAGUCAUCUGAAAUUUAACCUUUCCGAUGAUUACAGGGCCGGUGCUCAUAAACCGGUUUUAGUCAGGAAAGGUCACUUUUGCCAACUUUUAUUUGCCUUCUUCUCCGUCUACCUCUAAAUAUGGAUUAUGUAUAUAGCGGUCAUUUAUUUAAUGAGAUCUCUUUAAAGUUUACUAUGUAUUAUUUAUCGGUGAACUUUUUUUUCAUAUAUUCUUUUCUCAAGAUGACGUCGGAGGUGCUGAGGUUAUGGUUGUGUACGUACGUUGAAGACCAAGGAUGCCAGGCAAUGAAUAAUCUGAAUGAAAUGUUGAGAAGUAAAACUUCUCCUUUAAUGUUAUUCGCAAAAUGACUGCAAGAUCCUGCAAAUCAUACCAAAGUGCUUGACUGUAACUCGUUGGUUUUGAAGAAGAACUGGCUUGUUACUGCCAACGACGCUUUUCCUUUUUCCGCUAUCCUCUCUGCUCGAGACAUUUUCUUUUCGUCAUCAGAGUUUGACGCGAGCUUGUCAGAUACAUAUAUUCGUUGACCGCAACUUGCCAACGAAACUCGCUCUUAUUAGAUAGCUUUAUGGCCUUUAUACUUUUCGAUACUAAAGUAGUACCUUAUCCUAAGGCGCGUUUCGCUCUCUCUAAAGAACUACUUUUCAGGGCGUUCGAAGCGUCAUGCAUCUUAUGGAGGACUUGAAACUCAUGAUCAAGUUGCUGUUAGUUGCCCUUACAGACGCAAUUGUAGUUCUCACGGCGAGCCUUCUUUACGGCUUGAUCAACUGCAGCGCUGUUACUACAGAAAAACUUUGAGCAAAUUUGGCUGGCGUAGAUUUGAUCACGUUAAGUUUUCUGUUAAAGAACCGAUCGACGUUGAAAUAGCAAAUCUGAUUGCUUGAAUAAUGAAUGGUCGCGAUGGAUCCAAUACGGCUACACCAUCUUCUGCUGCGUUCGGGAAGCGAGCUGCUGAAAGAUCGUCUAUGAACUGCAUGUGUGGCGGUGUUCACAGACCCAGGCAAAUAGAUAGAACUCUCGACAGCUAUUGGUUGAAAAGUGAAUAAGAAGUUAAUUGGAGUUAAUCUCACGCUUGGUUCAACUGGGAAACAUUCAGUUUGUACACCUCCAUGUCUGUAUGACUUUGUACAAUGUCUUUCACUUGGAUCUGUUUUCUGUUAGUGGAGCUGUGUUCAAUGAUACUCAAGAUUGCCUGGUCACAAGGUUGGUUAUUCAAGUAUGUUCUUUGACAAAAUGAAAACUGAGAAAUCGAUUCUUUCACUGCUACCGUAUAAAAGGGCGCGAUUGACAGAAAAUAAAGCAACGAUGCCAUCGUUAUUAUGUUUUCAAUGUUUGCUGCAAGCUUCAGAUGGCGGCUUUUCAAUUUCCUGAUGGAAAUAGCACGUUAGCAUUUACCGCUGUUUACUCUUUGACAUUAUGGGCCGGUUAUUUGCUCGAGGCCAAACUAAUCCAAACCGCGUUUUUACCACAUCGAGACGUUUUUGUUUAAUAUUUUACAGUAGGAGGAUAGUACAUUUUAAUAUGUUUAGAGAAGUUGUGGGCCCUUAGUGUACCAACUCAUUUGCUCAUUAAAAAAAACAUGAUGAACUUUCAUCUGCAGUUCACCCAGAAUAGUUUUAAGAGGUGUAUUACAAACAAAACUUCGACUCUCACAAAUGAAGGAAUUUACUAGAGUGGCAAAUAUUCCGCUUUGCGUGGAACUUAAGCAUUGUAGGAAAGCCUUUUAAAACUAAAUAAGAUAAGCCUAAACGGAUAUGGUAACAGUUUCCUAAUUAACAUUCAUGUCUCGUAACCUAAGUAAAAUAAUUAUGAGAAAAUGGAAGCAGUUCGUCUCCUGACAUAAACAUGUCAUUGAACAUUAUUAUUCCGAAAUAGGAUAAAAAAAAAAAACUUUUCGAGCCAAUUUUUUGUACAAAUUCAGGUCAUUGCCGCAGGUCUGUUACAUCUGUAUACACGUUUUCCGACUUCAAACAGAACCGUUAGUUACCUGCGACUAUUUAAAUUAAAGCAAGUUAAAAAUUUCCUUCACAGAUAACUUUUACAUACGCGAAAAAAUAAUAACUGAGUCACCUGUUGUCAAGAAGAAAAGAAGAAAAAUUAACAUUUUCCUGUUUUUAUCUUAUAAUGAUAUUUACCACCAACGAAACAGAACAUCUUUCUUAUAGCAAGUUAAGCCUCCUCGAUUUGUAUUUUUUAGAUUAAUCUCUGGCGGAAUAUAAUUUUAAGGGCAUCAUAAACUUUCACAAACUUUAACAUAUUCUUUUCAACUCGAGAAAACAAACGCUUUUUUUCACACAGCGUAUGAGUUCUUUAGUCUAAACAUCAUAUCUGCCCCAAUUGCAAUCAAGGGGUGAUUUUUUUUGCUGUGAAGGAAGUUCAAGUUCAAUAAAGAAAAGACAGAUUUCCAUUAAAAUAAACGAAAAAUAUUUCGCAUCAUUUGGUCUCGAUUUAACAUCUGAGCGUCAUUCCAGCGAAUUAAUUCGUUGGAAUGGCACUCGCUUAUUUUUCUGUUGACCGGCUUGAUUUGCCUUAAAGGAAGCAAAGUCGAAUAGCCUACAAUUUUAUCGUAUUCUGCAUUUCAUAAUCUAUUUAUUGUCAUUAACUUUAUUUUGGUUUCAUGCGAAACAUCGCGUGUAAUUUUUUUUUCUCUGAAGGCACUGGCUAAGGUGCGGAGUAACCUUAAAGGCAAAGACAGAAAUAAUGGCAAGAAUAGUAAACUUUUAUUAUUGAUAGAAACAAGAUCACUUUCAUCCGUCACUCGAAUAAAAGGAACGAAUCUAUCCAAAAAACCCCAUUCAAAGUUUCUAGUUUGCAGGAAUCAAUACGUUUCUUCCCCAAAUAAUUACAGUUAAGAAUAUUCUAACUUAUAGUAAUUAUUUUGAACCCACAGAAACUCGUAAUAAUUUGGAUUCCGAGUAUAGGCAGAAUUCAAGACGGAAUCUACUUUCAAUGGACAAGUUCCAUUAUCUAAAUUUUCCCCAGAAUUGACAUAAUCACACCAUAAGACGAAUUUGAAUGUAUCUUAAAAUGUCUUCAUCAUCCUCUCUGCGUUUCUGUGAACUUUGCCGCCAAAGAAAAAAGUGGUGCGCGUUAUUGUCCUGUAACAAGUUCAACGACCCUGACAAACUCAAAGAAAGCAAGAGUUCGCAUGACUAAUCGUUUCCAAAUGCAUCACUUUAAGUUUCCCAAAUGUUAGUACUUGCUCUAGAUGUAAAGAACUCGCUUUAUGUAAGGGGGAUAGAAAGCAAUUACCAGGAGUCUCCAGGGAUAAAAGAAAUUUUCAUCGACACCUAUCGAUAAUGUUGAUCAGUUGCGGAUAAUGAUGGGUUGCUUUUCUUAUUACUUGUGACAGCAAAUUCAGAUGAGUGCAGAGCCAUUCUAUUCAACCAAGUCACCAAAGACAAGUAUUUAAUUCAUCACAUAAUCAAAACUGUGCCAGUUGAAAGUGAAGUAAGCUUUGAACUAAUUUGUUACGAGGACCCCGACUGUGUAUCUUACAACUACGGGCCAGUAUUAAGUGAGAUGCCUUUAUGCGACAUGAAUAACAGCACUCAUUUACAAGUCACUAACGUGAAUUUCAUUACCAGAAAUGGCUACAGCUACCGAGGAAUUGAGGUAAGCCUUACAACCUAAACACAAUAAAACGUUUUCUAUCGUUGAAACCUCACGUGACACGACUGACUGGUUGACCACAGAAAUGUAAACAGAAAAAAAAGGUAGCUAUGUUUUGGCAUGAUUACUUGAAAUCUCUAAUUAGGCAAUUUUAAAUCAGUAGGACGCGGUGCGGCAUACAACAGACCUCGUUCGUGGCGAAAUCAAUUUCCCAAAUGUUAGAGAUCAGGUUUAGCGCUUUUUGUAAAAAAUAACUCUGAUGACCUCUUUUUUAUAUUACAAUGAUGAGAUUGAUGAUAAUAAUAAUAACGAUGGUGAUUUGUCAAGAAGCAUACGUGCUUUCAGCAUACAAAAAAAGAAAGGCAUUGUUUCCUUUUUUUCAUUUUUUUUCUUCACAGAAUCCUUGUGGAAGCAGCCCAUGUCAGAAAAAUUCUACUUGUCAAGCUGGGUUUACUUCAAAAGGAUACCGUUGUGUAUGUCCACAAGGACUCGGGGGAGAGAAUUGUGACCAAGGUAUUUUAAGCUUAUUCGUCAAGUAAUGCAAAUAUUCCUGCCUUUUAAUGCUUCAAGAAAAUUUCCGAAAUUCUCUAAAGUCAUUGACUGCAUGUUUAAAUGUGUUAGUUGUGUAUAACGAGAAACCUUAUUCUCACUUCUCAGCAAGUAUUUGUUUAUAUCAAUAAUCACCUUAGCUUUCGAUGGCCAAUCCGUUUCGUGGCUGGCUUGGGCAAUCGCUAACCUCACCUCUAACACAAAUCGUCCAAUUACGAUUUAGAGAACAAGAGUUAUUAUGUUACGACUUGUAGUGAGGGAGUCAUUCGUGCCAGCCUAUUGAAAUCAUACAUAAAAGCUUUACACAAAAAGUAUUCGAUUUUGAUGUUUUGUAAAGUGAGAAUACAGGGAUCAGACUAGUACAACAGAGAGACCUACAGAUCACUGCAUCGUGUUCAAGGACUCGUAUAAGCAUCUUUUCUACUUUUAAUUUUUCCAGUCAUUCUGACUCAGAACUGUUCUCAAGCCCCAAAGGAAACAGGAGUCUACAGAAUUUCUAAUCAUAGAUCAGACUCGUUCCCAGUAUACUGCGAUCAGACAAGUGAUGGAGGUGGUACGUCAAACUAAAUAAGAGGAUGUCGAUGGGUUAACCGUUAGGCGUAAAACGGCCAAAAAAUUCAACCGUUAUGCAUAUUAAAUUGACAAAUUUUAACUCUUCACGGUGGCCAAUUUACGUUUUCAACUCAGUUGAUAACACUAGAUUACCUUGUUAUACUCUCCCACCGACGCAGAAACUUACCCCCUUUUUCCGAAUAAGUAGUUGAUUUAGAGGUGGCUAACUCACUUGGCUAGGAAGGUCCUUGGAAGGUCAUGUCCAUUCAGUCAAUUCGUAAAACCAUAUCUAGAGUUUUCCAAAGGAACAAGCAUUUUUCACGAACCUGGACUAUUUUUGACAAUCUUUUUUCUAUUUUGAGGUUGGACGAUGAUAUUCAAAUACAUUGGAGGAGAUUCUUCCUCUCCGACUGGUGACACAUUAUGGAGUUCAUCCGACACAUUAUCAGAAAAUAUUAUCGCUGCCUUAGAUACCACUUCAACCUACCAGGGAAACUACAAAAACCGUAUCGUUCAAAGUUGGCAAACUUUUAACCCUCGAGAGGUACGUCCGGAAAAUAUCUACACCACAGAGGGUUAGGCUAAAUGCACCUUAGCUUACAUAGAAAUGGCCUGUAAAAAUAAAUCAGUUAGACUUUUUUGGAUUUUUUUUUCCAUUUGCCUGAUCGAGCUUUCCAUCUUAUGGAAGACUUGUCUUCAAAUUGUCUGUCACGAAACACUUUUCCAGAUGCUUUUCAUCAUGUUCCUAAAGACAAACCAAGCGGACACUUUUCUGAACUGCUUGCCUCUUUUGAGAAGAAUUAGGAAUAGAAAAGAAUGGAAUAUAAAUAAUAUAAAAGAACAUAAACUAAAACAAUUUGUUUCAAAGAGUGAUAUCACUGGCCAUGCAAUGAGAUCUCUAUUUGUUACGUUCUUUUGUUUACCUUACUUCCCAAACCUUUAGGAUGAAUGGUCGUGGGAUUUCUGAGCUGAAACAAAAAUGCUCAUUCAGAUAUUACGUUGAAAAGUACUCAGGGUGUUAGCUUUUAAUGCUUCGAGGAUGACUGAAAAAACAAGGGUUGCCGUGCCAAAGACAGAGUGAUACUAGAACCGAGCCGAUAAAACAACUUCUUGCUCAAAACUUUGCCUUCUCGAGUUUACAUAUAGUCAUGUUAUGUGGUAUUGAUUGAUUGAUAGCUAUUGAUUGAUAAACUGUCGGAAUCCUUCAGAAUAGGUUUGCAAAGAGACAAUAAAAAGUUGAUCAACAAUUCUUUAAAUUCCCCGAUGUAACGAUUCUCAUCUUACCCCAUACUGAUGUAUUUGACAUGUAGACAACAGAUCAUUUUCUUGUAUGACUUUAGGUUCGUGUAGUGCUUUACACGAAUGGAGCAGAAGUUAUGUCUAUGAAGUUCAAUGCCAGAGGAACUACUAACGUGGACUGGUUUACACAAAAUAAUCUACUUCAAUCACCAUGGACAGAUCUUAAGAAUGCGACAACUUUAAAACCCUUUCGCAUCAAUGGCCAUCUGGGUACACGAAACUUUGAAAUUACAGCUAAGUACGCAGGAUGCCCUAAUGAUGUUGGGUGGUUUAUAAUCGGAGGAUCUGUCUGUGCCUGGGAGAGAUUUCACCCUGUGCUGGCAAUUCUAUACAGCAAGAAAACUCACAACAUCAAAUGGAAUAAUGCUCAAGGUAGAAAUUGUAUA